UUAAAACUCCGCUAAAUCCUCACCACGCUGCUUCGAAUUCCAGCAGAAAUGGAGACCUCCAGAUCUCAAUCAUUUUUCCUAGACUUGAAGCUUAGAGAAGUCAAUGGAUUCCGAGUAAGAAAGCGGCCGUAUAUCGGAAACGAUUCGCUAGGUUUUGACCCAAUCGGAGCUGUAGCGAUCGAGCACGAUGGCGAGCCUUCGCCCCCAAUGGCUCUGUCUUUCUGCAAGACCAGCAAAAAUGCGCAUAUUCUUGCUCUAGCCGAUGAAGCGGGGUAUGUCACAUUGACUGAUACGAGGAAGAAAUUAUUGGAUAAUGCUUCGUUCCAAGAGAAUGCAGAGAAGUCUAAGGUGACUGAGUGGGUAGCUCACGAAAAUGCUGUAUUUGACUUAUGCUGGAUUAAGGAUGAUGCAAAUAUGUUAACCGCCUCUGGAGAUCAAAGUAUUAAGAUUUGGGACACACAAGAGCGUAAGUGCAUAAGAGCUUUGCUGGGACACACUGGAAGUAUUAAGUCCAUCAGCUGCCACCCUAGUAAUCAGGAGUUAGUUGUCUCUGGUUCAAGAGAUGGAUCGUUUGCUGUAUGGGAUACCAGAUGCUCCAAGAGUGUCCACAAUUCACGUGUACAGCCUUUAUCUAUAGUGCAAGAAGCACAUACUUCUUCAGGUCGAAGACGCUGCAGACGUGGAAAGGCUGAAUCUAUGAGUAUCACAUCAGUGCUUUAUCUCAAAGAUGAAGUUUCUCUUGCGACUGCUGGAGCAGUUGACAGUAUAAUUAAGUUCUGGGACACACGGUAUCUCAAAGCUCCAGUUACUCAAGCAUGUCCAAAGUCAGAAUCAUCAACUGAGGAAAAGAGAUUACAUGGCAUAUCUAGCCUGUCUCAAGAUUUAAACGGGAUGUUUAUCACUGCCUCGUGCAUGGAUCACAGGGUUUACCUAUAUAAUGUGCUUCAGCUUGAGAAGGGCCCAAUAAAAACGUUUUCUGGAGGCCGAACUGAGUCGUUCUUUGUGAAAUCAGCGAUCAGCCCUGAUGCAGCUCACAUACUCAGUGGUUCUAGUGAUGGGAAUGCCUACAUAUGGCAGGUGGACAAACCCCAGAUGGAUCCUAUUGUUUUGAAAAGCCAUGACGGAGAAGUCACAGCAGUAAACUGGUGUCCAUCAGAGAUGGGCAAAGUGGCAACUUGCUCAGACGAUUUCACAGUUCGUCUUUGGAACAUCCAAAGCAGUUGCUAUUCAAAUAUGCGAUCUCCUUCGUCACUGAGAAAGAGAGUCCGGGCUCUUCCAAGAGUGGAGAGGCGAAAACUGUUUGCAGAUGAGCCAUCAAACUCAAAAAGCAACGAAGACACCAACUCCCGUACUCCCAUAACAAUGCCAGAAAUGAGGACACCAGAAUCCCAGAAGAAGUUGUCCUUUAGUUUUGAAGUGAAACAGGAUUUAGUGAGAACUCCAGAAGCUGAAACCAGAAGCCCUUCUUCAGUUCUAAACCCUCCUUCCUCGCUGAAAAGGAAAACCAUCCGAGACUAUUUUCCUGUUCCUUUUAACAAACUCUCUACUGCUAAGUCGAGCUCUCCAGAGUGCACUGAUCAAUAACGACUAUAGGGGAUGUAAAAUUGUUUAAUAUACAUGUAUAUGUCAAGAAGGAAUCACAUUGAACUUGUACUCUUAGAGAGGGUGAGAACUAUAUAAAUCCUCUUCUGAAUUCUGUAACAAAUGAAAUUGAACUCAGAUUGAACAUUUUGAAAUCUUUGUAA